UCACGCGUUGCUCUGUGUACGUUGCCACGGAGAAGAGUCACACACACACCCACGUCUUAUCUAAAUACGAAGGACGUUACAUUACUUGCUUUAUCUCAAGAAACUUCACCGCAAUCUGCAAGCUCAGAAAACGGUCUAAGGGAGGAACAACGCCCUAAAAUGUAGGCCAAGCCAGGCUGUGUCAUGUCCACGGGUGGUGAUGACGCUGUCAGGUCAGGGCCCUGCUGUCACACACUUAAUCCUCUUCAUCACCUCUCACAAGCAGAGGAGCAUCAGAGGGGGUUCUCCACAUCGGAUCAGGAUGGAUAGUAAUAUUUGUCUGAUCUCCAAUGUGCGCAUCCUGUCAAGAGAGAGAAAUGGCACCAUGCCCGUGGGACCUUCUACAAACCCCACCAAUGAAGAGCAUCUCCGUGUACUGACCAAGUGAGACGGAGAGAGGAAUAUCUCUUAGGAGGACCCCGCUGUGACUCCCUCAGGCUGGCAAUGAAUCGCUACACACAGCUGAAGCAGCUGGGGGACGGCACCUAUGGCAGCGUGCUCAUGGGGAAAAGCAACGAGUCAGGAGAACUGGUAGCCAUUAAGAGGAUGAAAAGGAAGUUUUAUUCAUGGGAAGAAUGCAUGAACCUUCGAGAAGUAAAGUCGCUGAAGAAGCUAAACCACGCCAACGUAGUGAAGUUAAAGGAGGUCAUCCGAGAGAACGACCAUCUCUACUUUGUCUUUGAAUACAUGAAAGAAAAUCUGUAUCAGCUCAUGAAGGACAGGGAAAAUAAGAUGUUCAGUGAGAAUGAAAUUAGGAACAUCAUGUUCCAGGUUCUAUCUGGUUUGGCGUUUGUGCACAAGCAUGGGUUCUUCCACCGGGACAUGAAACCCGAGAACUUGCUCUGCAUGGGCCCUGAGCUAGUCAAGAUAGCUGACUUUGGAUUGGCCAGGGAGAUCCGGUCCCGCCCUCCUUACACCGACUACGUGUCUACAAGAUGGUACCGUGCCCCAGAGGUGCUGCUGCGGUCAUCCAUCUACAGCUCCCCGAUAGACAUGUGGGCCGUGGGCUGCAUCAUGGCCGAGCUCUACACCCUCAGGCCCCUGUUCCCCGGCAACAGCGAGGUGGAUGAGAUCUUCAAGAUAUGCCAGGUUCUGGGGACGGUCAAGAAGUGUGACUGGCCAGAGGGCCACCAGCUGGCCUCGGCCAUGAACUUCCGGUUCCCCCAGUGUGUGCCGACCCACCUGAAGACCCUCAUCCCCAACGCCAGCACGGAGGCCAUCUCCCUGAUGAAGGACCUGCUCAUGUGGGACCCCAAGAAGAGGCCCACCGCUUUGCAGGCCCUGCGGUACCCAUACUUCAAGGUGGGCCAGGUGUUAGGGCCUCGGCCUGGGAGUGAGUUACGCAAGGCCACCUUAAGGACUCAAUCCUCAGCCUCCUCUGAGCCCAAAGCUGAGCUGCCCUCCUCUUCAGCGGACUCCUCGGCCCAAAUGUCCCAAAGCCACCACCCCAAAGCGUCCAGCAGACACCACCAGGCCACCCAACAGCCCCUUCAGCAGACCUCCAAGCCCCAGACAGACCACCAGACUGGGCAGACAUCUCCGUGUGGCCCAGACGAUAGCCCUAAAACGACGCCGGCUGCCGUGGCGACGACUGGGUCUGGUAGUGAGAACAGCGCGACGGUGGGGCUGAAGAGCAGCCGCAGGCGCUGGGGCCAGACAGUAGUGAAGGCCUCAGACAGCUGGGAGGAGUCUGAACCUUCCGGAAACUCCGUGUCCCACUCCAAGAAACCCAGCCUGGGACCGGGGGAUGAAAAGGGCACUAAGGACUAUAGUAACACACAACCCAAAGUGCAAAAACCGAUAUACUCAUUUAGCACUGUUACUAAAUUACCAAGCCAUAUAAAGGUUGGCCAAAAGGAUUCCAGUCUCCCAGGUUCCUCAGCAAGACAACAUUACCUGAGCCAGUCAAGAUAUCUGCCAGGGUUAAUUGGCAAGAAUUCAGUAGACAAGGAAUCCAGUGGGCUGACACUCAGAGAUCUGUGGGAUAACUCAGCCAAUGUAAACAAAGUCCUCUGCCCCAUUGGUGCUGGCUUAUCCAUUAACCGAGGCCAUGCAGCUGAGGGAGCAGAUGAUAAUGUUACUGAUAACCCUUCUGAUAAAACUACGGACAAAUCUGUUCUAAAAGAAAGAUUACCCGAUUCAGCUAAAGGAAACUUCGUCAGUACCAAGUACAAUCUCUCUGGGGGUUAUAUUCCCUCAGUUCAAAAGAAAGAAGUUGGAUCCGUGGGUCAAAGGAUUCAGCUUGCUGCUCUUGCUGGCCAGAACACAACUGAUCAUUAUACUCUUGAUACCAAAAAUAUGAAACCAAAACCGUUAAAGACAAAAUCCUCCAGCACACCCAUGUGUGAAAACACUGAAGAUUACGAGGGCUGGAAGAGGAGGGGCGACAGGGCCCAGAUGAAAGGCCAGAGCUACUCCGCCCUGGGGAAAACCUCUGGCAACCUCCUGACUAGAGGUCCCCCUGCACAGCCGAUCCAUGGGAGGGUAGACUGGGCCUCAAAGUAUGGAGGCAAUCGGUAGCUCACCAGGAGAUGCUAUCAACCCAACUGUCAGUUCUGGCCAGUCUGAAGUGCACAGAGAAGAAAACCUGUUUGUAGCUAUACUAUCCUCAGAGCAUAUCCUUCUGAGGGGCCUCCAGUAAAUUAUUAAAAGUAACACUUAUAAAGGCCAAUUGAGGAUGUCUGUACAUUGAUAGGCUUUCUUUACAUGUUGAUCAUGUUAUACCGGCAUUAUUUGGGUAAUGUAUGAAGACCUGGAGGACAAGUCCCUGUAACUUUUCCAGAACACCACCCAGAGACAUCUACGUAUGGUCAUUUCGGAUCGACAGGCUGAACAGAGUGCUCUACGUCAAAAAACAAUAAUGUGCUGACGCUUGAUGGAUAAGCUGGGCUGAUUGUACUUAAAAGUGACAGUCCUCACCUUCACGAAAAUCGCUUUUAUGUUAAGUUUAGGCCCGCUAACAGUGGAUUUUGUAUUCUCCAUUUUUAUAAUGUAGUUAUGUAUUUGGUUUCUAUUAGUUUUAAGCCUUUUGUUUGCAUUAAUCAACGCAAAGGAAAUUCAAUUAAUUAUUCCUAAAAUUGUUAUUUCACAGGCUUAACACUCUCUUGAAUAAUGUAAGUGAUGUUACCAGUGGCUAAAGAAGCAUUGACUUUAUAUUAUGCAUGAUAGCAAUACACUGGUAGGAUGUGUCUAAUUAA